AUUUGGACCCUAGACUCUCUCCGACCGUGUCCGAAAUUUCAACUUAUUCGGUUUCCCCCCCUUCAAUUAUCGAAAUUUUCUAUUUGCGCACCCGUUUUCUGUGGCCUUUUUGAUUUACGGCCGAAGAAAAUGGAGAGAGAGACGGAGAGAGAGAGCUGGUGAGAUGGUAAUGGCAGCUGACACCUGACAGUGGCUAACAAUUGAAUCGUGAGCUCAAAGAAAUCUUCUCAAUUAAACUCAGUUUUUCCCACCCAACGCCCAAUCACCCUACUCAACCCCUCCAUUACUUUGAAGCUACUGUUUCUCUCUUAAAAUUCGCAUUUUCCGUGAGCAAAUUGUAGUUGUUGGGUUGUUGCCGGAGGAGGGGAAGUUCACAGAAUGAAGCAGCUAACCGCCCUGCAGCAGCAAGGCCGCCGGAGCAACAGCUUCCGGGGCGCGUCGUCGCCUCUGGACGCCACCGUCGACGGCGCAAUCAAAUCGCCAGUGACAAUCUUCUGGCUGCUCCUCCACGGCCUGUGCUGCUUGAUUAGCUUGGUCCUCGGCUUCCGGUUUUCUCGGCUCGUGUUCUUCCUCCUCUUCUCCGCUUCCUCUUCCCCCUCCGCCAAAACCAGCAUAUACUCCACUCUUCACACGACGGUGCCGUCCUCCGCGGUGCCGGAGAGGAACUUUUCCAGAGUCGGCGGCGGGAGCAGGGUGGUGGUCGGAAGGCACGGGAUACUGAUUCGGCCAUGGCCGCAUCCGGAUCCGGCUGAGGUGAUGAAGGCACACCGGAUUAUUGAAAGGGUUCAGGCGGAACAGAGGUCUCAGUACGGGGUUAAGAAUCCCAGAACUGUGAUUGCCAUUACGCCAACUUAUGUACGCACUUUUCAGACUCUGCACCUCACCGGCGUGAUGCAUUCCUUGAUGAAUGUGCCCUAUGAUCUCAUCUGGAUCGUGGUAGAAGCCGGCGGCCCCACCAACGAGACCUCGUCACUGAUCGAAAAGUCGGGAUUGAAAACUAUCCACAUCGGAUUUUACGGGAAAAUGCCUCUUCUAUGGGAGGAUCGGCAUAAACUUGAAUCGAGGAUGAGGCUCCACGCUUUAAGAGUAGUUAGAGAGAAGAGAUUAGACGGGAUUGUGAUGUUUGCCGAUGACAGUAAUAUGCACAGUUUGGAGUUGUUUGAUGAGAUUCAGAAUGUGAAAUGGGUGGGUGCAGUUUCAGUUGGAAUUCUUGCGAAAGUGGGCAGUUCAGAAGAAGAAGUAGAAUUGCCUGUAGAUCAGAUAGACGAAAAUGGGAAAGACGAAAAGAAAUCACAGUUACCGAUUCAAGGCCCGGCUUGCAACUCUUCAAACCAAUUAGUCGGCUGGCACACGUUCAAUACUCUGCCAUUUGUGGAAAGACGGGCGAGGUAUAUUGGUGACAGGGCAGUUGUGCUGCCGAGAAAGCUCGAGUGGGCUGGGUUUAUAUUGAACUCAAGGUUGGUGUGGGAGGUAGCAGAGGAAAAGCCAACUUGGGUUAAAGAUUGGGAAGAGGUUGAUAGGAAUGGGGAGGAUAUAGAGAGCCCGUUAGCUUUGUUGAAGGAUAGUUUGGUGGUCGAACCUCUUGGUAGCUGUGGGAGGAAAGUUUUGCUGUGGUGGCUGCGCGUGGAGGCAAGGGCUGAUAGCAAGUUCCCUCCGAGGUUUGUCUUCUUUGCCUUUUUUGGUGUAGAACCUGAAUAUUUGCGAAUGCUUGCUGAGUCUAGUUCUUAA